CACUCUUGUCUGGUUGUUGUGACACUUUGUGCAGUUUUAUAUUUAUUUUAUAUUAGAUUUGAAACGAAUUAUAAUUUUAUAAAAAAAUGACGUGGUUACUUAUACUGCUGGGAUUAUGUAUUUGGUGGAUGUCUGGAUAUAAACAUAGAAAAAGACUGAGACAAAUAGCUAAAGAGCUACCUACAACUAUUCCAGCGUUACCGCUGGUAGGACAAGCGUAUAUAUUUUUUGGGAAUGAUGAAGACAGAAUGAACGCCCUCCAUAGGCUUGGACGAGAUGCCAUACAACAAGGUGGGACCAUAGCAUAUUGGAUGGGCCAAGGGUUGACCAUCGGCGUCGCGGACCCUGUAGUAGCAGACUUACUUUUAAAAAACUGCCUGUCAAAAGAUGAAAACAUGAUGCGCAUCGUACGCAUUUUCACUGCUAAUGGAAGCAUUACUGCUCCAGUGCACCUUUGGCGGCCGCGCCGUAAGAUCCUGUCACCAAUCUUCAGUCUGAAAAACCUACACGCCUUCGUUGAAGUAUUCGUGAAGCAGAGUGCCACGAUGGUGGAGCUUCUACGCCCUAUGGCGGGGGCCGGGGACUUCUCCGUUUGGAAUUACAUGGCUACGUACACCUUCGACUCUGUGGCAGAAACCAAUUUAGGCGUAAAGUUGAACUCACAGAAGAAUAGGGACCACCCAUUCCUAGGGGCGUUUGACAGGUGUGGUACUUUUAUGGGCGAACGACUGGUUUCACCAUGGCUUCAUCCAAAUUUCAUCUAUCGCAUGCUGCCAAGUUGGAGACAGUGUAAAAGUUGCGUUAGCUUGAUUGACAAUUUUUUAAGUGAAAUAAUUACAGAAAAAAGAAAAGCCUUAAACAGAUUAUGUGAAAAGAAAAAAAGUGAUGCCACGACACCAAAGAUGAUACGAUCCUUAGUGGAGUUGUUAAUGGAGACACCAGAAAAAGAAAAGAAGUUUAACGACAAAGAGCUACUUGAAGAAUCGAAGGUGAUCAUAGGUGCAGGCACAGACACAUCAGCCAUUGGGGCGUGCUACACUUUGCUCAUGCUCGCCCGCCAUCCCAAAGUGCAAGAAGCUGUUUAUAAGGAACUGCAUGAAGUAUUCGGUGGUUCGGAUAGAAAGGUGACUGUAGAGGAUUUAUCUCGUCUCAAAUACUUGGAACUUGUCAUCAAGGAAUCGUUGCGAAUGUAUCCCCCUGUGCCAGCGAUUGUGAGAGAGGUCAUCGACGACAUUACAUUGCCAAACGGAACGACCCUCACGAAAGGGGUGAGUAUAGUGAUGCAGAUAUUUGCCGUGAACCGGAACCCUAACUAUUGGGGAGACGACGCAGACAGUUUCCGACCCGAGCGAUUCCUUGAACCCCUGAAGCAUCCGGCCCAGUUCAUACCUUUUAGCUGGGGGAUGAGGAACUGUAUAGGGUACCAGUACGCAAUGCUGUCCUUGAAGACGGUCAUAUCUACCGUCCUGAGAAACUACCAAGUGCUGCCUCCUUCGGACCUGGAUCCAGCCCACUAUGAGGACCCACUAAGGGUUAGAUUCAACAUUAUGAUGAAAGAUGUGAACAACUUUAUGAAUAUCAACAUGUUUUGGUUAUUGAUCGUGGUGAUCGGCUGCAUGUAUUUUGUGCGUUAUAAACAGAAAAUGAAGAAAUUUGAAGAGUUAUCUAAGAAAUUACCAGGGGAGCUGCUACGCCUGCCCGUGGUUGGUCAUGCACAUUACCUGGCCGGAAGCGACGAAGACAACAUGAAAGCCAUUCAAAGGGCGGGAAGGAUAGCAGUGAAACGCGACGGCCUUGCAACCUACUGGAUGGCCCAUAAACUGUACCUUGUUGUGGCCGAUCCUGUAGCAGCAGAACUGUUGCUAAAAUCGCAUCUAGAAAAAGACAGUACAAUGGAGAUCUUGCAAUUCUUUGUCGGUAAUGGAAGCAUUUAUGCACCAGUUUCCAUUUGGCGCCCCCGCCGCAAGAUCUUGGCUCCAACCUUCAACAUCAAGAAACUAAAUCGUUUUGUGGACGUGUUCGCCAGUCAGAGCGCUCUGAUGGUGAACAAACUGAGGCCAUUGGCUGGAAAGGGGACGUUUCCCGUUUGGAAGUUCCUGACUAGCUACACCUUUCACUCUGUUUGUGAAACCACACUAGGCGUGCACACUAACGAUGAUGAAGACAAAAUGUUCAUUGGAUCCUUUGAAGAAGUUAUAGAGCAAAUGACGUGGCGUAUGUUGCAGCCCUGGUUGCACCCGGACUGGAUCUAUCGGCUACUUCCCCAGUACAAAAAGGCGGACAAAUGCAGACGUGCUAUGUACCAAUUCGUUGACAAGAUUGUCAAACUGAAAAGGCAGGAAAUGGAAGAGAAACAGCGCGAGUUUGGCUUUGCACCUAAGCCAGACUCUUACCUCGGUUUCCAGUCUUUUCUAGAAAUGCUUCUAGAAACGUCUCUCAAAGUGAAAGGUUUCACUGAUUUAGAGCUGCGCGAAGAGGCUUUGGUGAUGAGUGCAGCUGGGACCGACACAUCGGCUGUCGCCGCAUCGUUCGCGCUCGUCAUGCUGGCACGGAACCCUGAAGUCCAGGAGAAGGUGUUAGAAGAAUUGAACGACGUAUUGUUCUGCCCAGAUAAAUCUGUAACAGCUGCCGAUCUCCCAAACCUCAAGUACCUAGAAGCUGUGGUGAAAGAAACAUUGAGGCUUUAUCCACCAGUACCAAUAAUUGUCCGGACAGUUACCAGUGACACGGAGCUACCAUCUGGAGUGACAGUACCCGCGGGUACGGGCAUUUGCAUGCACAUCUGGGCGACGCACCGCAACCCUCGCUAUUGGGGCCCAGAUGUAGACUCAUUCAGGCCGGAGCGCUUCUUAGAGCCGCUCAAGCACCCCGCGCAGUUUGUGCCGUUCAGCUUUGGCAUGAGGAACUGCCUUGGGUAUCAAUACGCCAUGAUGUCCUUGAAGACAGUGUUAGCAACGGUCCUAAAAGAGUACCGUGUUCUGCCACCAGCUGAGGCAGACAUAAAGACCCUAAACGAACCCAUAAGGGUGAAAUAUGAUGUCAUGAUGAAAGCAGUGGACAUGUUUCAGAUACAGUUAGAAGUCAGAUCACCGAACAAUUCUAGAAAAAUUGGAUAGAUAGUAUUAUAAUAG